AUAAUAACUGUACUUACUUUAUGCUGACCUGCCUGCCUGUAAACCUGCCUGCCUGUCCAGGGUGUAGUUAAGAGGUGCGCUUGCUGUGAAGCUGUGAACUUUUGGCCUAACCUAACCAAAGAUGUUGUGGUGGGUAAUUGUCAUCAUCACUUUUGCCACUGUCUUCCUCACCAAGAUAUGCCUUGCCCUUAGUGGUAUACUCCAGCGAAGAUGUGCGAUCUGUAAACUACCCAGCCCACCAGGGGCCCACUGGCUGGCCGGUCACCAGAAGCAAAAACCACUAGGGCCGGGCUUCAAAUGGCUCCGUGAUACAGUCAAGAGCUUCCCCCGUGCCUACACGAUGUGGCUCGGGCCCAUCGGGAUGCCUACGCUGGUCCAUCCAGACACCAUCAAACCCUUGCUGUCCAGCACCACUGGGUCAGUCAAGUCUGAAAUCUACGACCUUUUUGCUGACUGGCUUGGGGAGGGGCUAGCUAUCUCUGACGGGGCUAAAUGGAAGAGGAAUCGCCGGUUGUUGACUGGGUCUUUUCACUUUGAUGUGUUGAAGACGUAUGUCCCAAUCUACAAUGAUUGUAUUGAGGUGCUGCUUAGGAAGAUGGGUGAUCUUGCAGCCAAGGGUCAACUCUUGAAUGUUGACCAUGCGAUCGGUCAGUGUACGUUUGAUAUUAUUCUUCGGACAUCAUGUUCUCAUCAGUCGAACUGCCAGUUGAAAGAACCUCCCAUCAACGGGGAGUUGGACCCUCUCUCCGCGACCAACGUCUUGACCGGGAUCGUGCAGGCCCGGACAACGGGGAGUCCGGUGUUUUUGAACCCAUUGGUGUUCCGGUACUUCAGCCCCCUCUACCCGGAGUGGAAGAGGGCGUGUCAUUAUUUGACUGAUUUCGCUAGUCAGUUGAUUAGUGCAAGAAAAGAAGAACUUGACCAGAAGAUGAAGAGUGGCGACCCCUUAAAUAAACCUCGAGACUUCUUGGACACCGUCUUAAUGGCUCGAGAUGAAGACGGCACCGGGCUGACCGUCCAGGAAAUCUCGGAUGAGGUCAACACUUUCCUCUUCGGUGGCCAUGACACUACGGCAAGCACCCUGACGUGGGUACUGUACGAGCUGGCUAGACACCCAGAGCACCAGGCUAAGGUCAGGGAGGAGGUGGAUGAGAUACUCGACGGGAGAGAUUCUGAUAGGAUCACGAGCAAAGAUAUGAUUCAGAUGGAGUACAUGUCACUGGUCAUCAAGGAGGCAAUCCGUAUGUACACACCUGUCAUCCUGCCAACCCGUACCCUAACCGCACCCUAUGACGUAGACGGAGUGACGUUACAGACUGGUACCAGCUUAGCAAUCAACCUCUACCAGCUCCAUCAUAACCCGACCGUCUGGGGUGAAGACCACAUGGAGUUUAAACCAUCUCGGUUCCUGCCGGAGAAUUUCAACAAGAUGGAUCCGUUUGCGUUUAGUCCGUUCUCUGCCGGUCCGCGGAACUGCAUCGGGCAGCAGUUUGCAUUGAACAAAAUUAAAGUAUUUGUUUCGAGGAUUCUAAGGAGGUUCAACUUGGGCUUGGUAGAGGGUGACUCGGAACCUGUUCCGAAUCUUAACGUUGUUGUCAAACCCCUUAAGGAGUUGCAUCUAACUGUUGCACUCAGGAAUAAUAGUAACAAGUAAAUUUCAUUAGGUUACAGUUGACAAGAUAACAAGAUCACUUGGUAGGAUUUGUUUCGAGGAUUCUUAGGAGGUUCAACUUGGGCUUGGUGGAGGGUGACCCGAAACAUGUUCCGAAUCUUAACACCGUUGUCAAACCUCUUCUGGAGUAACACCUAACUGUUGAAUCCAGAAAUAACAAUAAUAAGUAAAUUGCAAUCAGGUUACAAAUGACUCUCGUUGUAACACGAUCACUUGGUAGAAUUUGAAACUUUGCAUGGUGGAGAUACGAUAUAGUAUAGGUUUCCAAUAGAAUACAAUACAAUACAAAACAAAACAAUACAACUUCAUUGUCCCUGCAUGGGAACUUCCUUUGGCCUUUUAGCUCACAUAAAAACACACCAACAAAAAGAGCAAACGUCACAGAGAUUGAAACAGUGUGCCUUAAUACAACGAUAAUCUCUAAAUGAGUUGGGGUGGUACUGAAAAGUAUCGUUGGUUCGAUCAGUAUGCUCUGUUCGUCUUCUGUAAAUUUUCCGUAAAUCUUCUUGUGUUGUUACUUUUAAGAAAAAACUUAAAACGUAUCUCUUUCCUGAGUAGUAGAUUAAUGUUUUGCUUCCUGGAAGUUUUAGUUUAUCCUUUUCUUUGUUAUGCGCUUUGAUCAAGUUUUGGAAAAGCGUAUUAUAAAUACUUUUUUUUUUUUCUCUCUUUUUUUUUCUGGUGAAAGCUGUUCUAGAGUAUUGUGAUGGAUAAAUCACCUCUUUAUAACAGGAACGUUGUUAUAAGAGGGCAGCAAAACAAUGAAACAUGAAGCAGAAAUGAGAUUCAGGACUUCAGAAAAUAUUCUGUAUAAGCAGAAUAGCUUUAUAUCGUGGUCUUUAUAACGAGGGUUGACUGUAUUAUAACAUAAAGUUAUCCAACGGUGCUAGAGCGAUGUCCGUUUACAGAGAGGGGGUUUUAUGUUCGUUUCAUUUCCGAAUUUCAAGAUAUGGAGCAGAGGGCGCCCCACACCAAUGUUGUUCACACACUUUAACGCACUGUUUUUCACACUACAUGUAUUAACUUUAACACACUAAUUGUGUUCUCGCAUUGAAGUACCCCGCCCCCUAAAACCCUCUAAAAAAUUGCUGGGAUUCCGAGCACUACGGGAAGACACGUUUUUAAGGGGGGUACACCACGCCCAUAGCGACCAUCAAAUAAAUCAUAGAUCUAUAGAGUGGUGUUAUAUUGUAAGUUUAACAUUUGUGUUAUUGAUGUAACCCUUCUACAGGGUAUGGAGUUUGUUCCGUUUUUUUUUAAAUUAAAUUAAUACAAUUAAUACAACAAUAAUAUGCACAGAAGUGGGUCACAGCAUUCAAUAACAUAUCUUUCUGUAGCACCUUGAGUACCUUGUUGGUAGAUACGUGCGCUAUAAAUAAGACUUCGAAAUUAUUACUAUGCAACAAAAUACACAACCAUUCAAUGGUUCAACAAAUGUAAGUAUUAAAGUAACACAUUAUUUUAGAGAACUGAAAGUGUUCAAAUAAAAGUAUCAUUUGAAUCACAGAAGUGUCCUGGAUAAUUUAAUCACAGAGCCCAUUCAAGUAAAAACUGUCAAAUAGUCUUAGACUAGUCUUCUCACUUGGUGUAUCUCAACAUAUGCAUAAAAUAACAAACCUGGGAAAAUUUGAGC